AUGGCUACAGCAGCUUUGCAAAGAGGCCUGUGUUUCAGAUCUGACCCGGGAAUGGCUGGCGGAAUGGAGACUCGCUCCAGGAAAAGGCAAGUUGUGUCUUUCUUUCUAUGUUUGUGUGUGUCCUUGGUGGCAUGUGAGACGAUCCGCUAUUCUGUGCGUGAAGAGAAGAAAAGCGGGUCCCUAGUGGCUAAUAUUGUACAGGAUUUGAAACUGGAUGUAGGGAAAUUGUUGGCUCGCAGGGCCCGGCUGGUUUCUAAAAGCACCAAGCAAUACUUUGAGCUGAACACAGGAUCCGGGGAUGUGAUAAUAAAGGAGAAAAUAGACCGUGAGGAUCUGUGCGGACAGAAUGACCCGUGUUUGCUGCAAUUCGAAAUUGUGUUGGAAAAUCCACUGCAGCUGUACCCAAUGGAAGUGCAGAUAGAUGAUAUGAAUGACAAUAACCCUAAAUUCUCUAAAAAUGAAUUCGUUUUAAAAAUGCCGGAACAGAUCCCCAUAAACACCCGCUUCCCCUUGGAAAGAGCCCAAGAUUCAGACAUAGGAACAAACGGCAUCCAGAGCUACGCGAUCAGCGCUAAUGAGCACUUCAGGCUGGAUGUGCAUUCCCGCGAAGACGGCCAUAAAUAUGCGGAGUUGGUUUUAGAGAAACAAUUAGAUCGGGAGGAGCAGGCGCAGUUGAUGCUGAUUCUCACAGCUGCCGAUGGGGGCCUUCCACAGAGAACCGGCACAGCCCAAAUACGCAUUAAUGUGCUUGACACCAACGAUAACUUCCCCCGGUUUAGUCAGUCAGUGUACAAGGUGCAGUUAAUGGAAAACAGUCCGCGGGACACUUUGGUCACUAAGGUUCAAGCCAGUGAUUUGGAUGAAGGUUCAAAUGCAGAAAUCACCUAUUCAUUCAGGCAGGUCCCCGACCGAGUCCUCAAGUUAUUUCAGCUAGAUCAGUUCACUGGCGAAAUCACUGUUUUGGGGAUAAUUGAUUUUGAAGACGCAGCAAUGUAUGAAAUAGAAGUUCAGGCCACUGACGGCGGCGGUUUGUCUGCGCACUGCAAAGUCCUGGUGCAGAUCGAGGACAUGAAUGACAACGCCCCGGAAGUGACACUGACGUCCCUCACCAGCACCAUACCCGAGGACUCCUCCCCUGAGACAGUGGUGGCCCUGUUCAGUGUGAGAGACCCAGACUCCGGGGACAAUGGCAGAACGCUCUGCUCCAUUCAGGACAAUGUCCCUUUUGCUUUAAAAUCGACUCUGAAGAAUUAUUACGAGCUUGUUACUCAAAAGCCCCUGGACCGAGAGAAAGUGCCUGAGUAUAACAUAAGCAUCACGGCCACAGACCGGGGGACUCCGAGGCUCACCUCCGUGAGGAUCAUCCGUGUUCAGCUAUCGGAUAUUAAUGACAACCCCCCUGUAUUUAAUGAAAGUUCGUACGUCAUGUACCUGAAGGAGAACAAUCACCCGGGCCUGUUGAUUGGAACUGUCCAUGCUGCUGACCUCGACACAGAGCAGAAUGCCAAAGUGACAUAUUCGGCAUUGCCUGGCAACAUCGGCCACCUCCCUUUCUCCAUAAACUCCGAAAACGGGAAUGUGUACGCUCUGCAGUCUGUGGAUUAUGAGCAAACGAGGGAUUUCCAGGUUACGGUGAGAGCUGCGGAUGGCGGGUUCCCUCCACUGAGCUCUGAAGUCAUUGUCAGAGUUGUGAUAAUUGAUGAAAAUGACAACGCGCCCUUCAUUUUAUACCCUCUGCAAAACAACAGCGCCCCCGCUAAUGACCUGGUUCCUAGAUCGGCGGAGGCGGGUUACCUGGUGACGAAGGUGGUGGCUGUGGAUGGAGAUUCCGGUCAGAAUUCUUGGCUUUCCUAUCACUUGUUGAAGGCCACAGACCCAGGUCUCUUCGCUGUGGGUCUCCAAACCGGGGAAGUAAAAACCAGCAGGCCUAUAAGGAGCCCAGACUCUGUUAAACAGAAACUUAUCGUCCUGGUUAGAGACAACGGAGAGCCGCCCAGAUCCACCACCUCGACCCUUAAUGUGCUUCUGGUGGAUGGGUUUUCAGACGCCUACAUGCAGUUACUGGAUGUACCACAAGAGGAGGAGCAGCAGGACACAUUAACCCUGUAUUUAGUCAUUUCUUUGUCUUUCGUUUCAUUCCUUUUUCUGGUUUCUGUGGUAACAAUUAUCGCCAUCCGUGUAUACAAGACAAGGCAGUGCCGAGAGCGGUAUGUUCCAUCGUCCAGGAACUUUUAUUGUGAGCCCAACUUCCCCACAAAUCCUGCGGACAGGAGCGGCACUGGGACUCUGCCUCAAUCUUAUGAGGUUUGCUUGACAACUGGAUCUGGCACGAGCAAAUUUAAAUUUCUCAGGCCGCUGGUACCGUCCCUACCCGCUGACCCCAGCGCUGCAGGAGGGUCCGUUCUUGACUCUCAGAUUAACUCUCAUCUGAAGGAGGAGAGAGAACCUCUGAGAGAGGAUGAGAGCCAAUAUUGGAGGACAAAUCGUUUACUUUCUAGCACAACAUAUGAAUGGCUACAGCAGCUUUGCAAGAGAGGCCUGUGUUUCAGAUCUGACCCGGGAAUGGCUGGCGGAAUGGAGACUCUCUCCAGGAAAAGGCAAGUUGUGUCUUUCUUUCUAUGUUUGUGUGUGUCCCUAGUGGCGUGUGAGACGAUCCGCUAUUCUUCGCGUGAAGAGAAGAAAAGCGGGUCCCUAGUUGCUAAUAUUGCAAAGGAUUUGAAUCUGGAUGUAGGGAAAUUGUUUGCUCGCAGAGCCCGCUUGAUUUCUAAAAGCACCAAGCAAUAUUUUGAGCUGAACACAGGAUCCGGGGAUGUAAUAAUAAAGGAAAAAAUAGACCGUGAGGAUCUGUGUGGACAGAGUGACCCAUGUUUGCUGCAAUUCGAAAUUCUGUUGGAAAAUCCACUGCAGCUGUACUCAAUGGAGGUGCAGAUAGAUGAUGUGAAUGACAAUAAUCCUAAAUUCUCUAAAAAUGAAUUCGUUUUAAAAAUACCUGAACAGAUGCCCAUAAACACCCGCUUCCCCUUGGAAAGAGCCCAAGAUUCCGACAUAGGAACAAACGGCAUCCAGAGCUACGCAGUCAGCUCUAAUGAGCACUUCAGUCUGGAUGUGCAAACCCGGGGAGACCGCAAUAAAUAUGCGGAGUUGGUUUUAGAGAAACAAUUAGAUCGGGAGGAGCAGGCGCAGUUGAUGCUGAUUCUCACAGCUGCCGAUGGGGGCCUGCCACAGAGAACCGGCACAGCCCAAAUACGCAUUAUUGUGCUUGACACCAACGAUAACUUCCCCCGGUUUAGUCAGUCAGUGUACAAGGUGCAGUUAAUGGAAAACAGUCCGCAGGACACUUUGGUCACUAAGGUUCAAGCCAGUGAUUUGGAUGAAGGUUCAAAUGCAGAAAUCACUUAUUCAUUCGGGCAGGUCCCCGACCUAGUCCUCAAGUUAUUUCAGCUAGAUCAGUUCACUGGCGAAAUCACUGUUUUGGGGAUAAUUGAUUUUGAAGACGCAGCAAUGUAUGAAAUAGAAGUUCAGGCCACGGAUGGCGGGGGGUUUUCUUCCCGCUGCAAAGUCCUGGUGCAGAUCGAGGACAUGAAUGACAACGCCCCGGAAGUGACACUGACGUCCCUCACCAGCACCAUACCCGAGGACUCCUCCCCUGAGACAGUGGUGGCCCUGUUCAGUGUGAGAGACCCAGACUCCGGGGACAAUGGCAGAACGGUCUGCUCCAUUCAGGACAAUGUCCCUUUUGCUUUAAAAUCGACUCUGAAAAAUUAUCACGAGCUUGUUACACAAAAGCCCCUGGACCGAGAGAAAGUGCCUGAGUAUAACAUAAGCAUCACGGCCACAGACCGGGGGACUCCGAGACUCACCUCCGUGAGGAUCAUCCGUGUUCAGCUAUCGGAUAUUAAUGACAACCCCCCUGUAUUUAAUGAAAGUUCGUACGUCAUGUACCUGAAGGAGAACAAUCACCCGGGCCUGUUGAUUGGAACUGUCCAUGCUGCUGACCUCGACACAGAGCAGAAUGCCAAAGUGACAUAUUCGGCAUUGCCUGGCAACAUCGGCCACCUCCCCUUCUCCAUAAACUCCGAAAACGGGAAUGUGUACGCUCUGCAGUCUGUGGAUUAUGAGCAAACGAGGGAUUUCCAGGUUUCGGUGAAAGCUGCGGAUGGCGGGUCCCCUCCACUGAGCUCUGAAGUCAUUGUCCGAGUAGUGAUAAUUGAUGAAAAUGACAACGCGCCCUUCAUUUUAUACCCUCUGCAGAACAGCAGCUCCCCCGCUAAUGACCUGGUUCCCAGAUCGGCGGAGGCGGGUUACCUGGUGACGAAGGUGGUGGCUGUGGAUGGAGAUUCCGGUCAGAAUUCUUGGCUCUCCUACCAGCUGCUCAAGGCCACAGACCCAGGUCUCUUCGCUGUGAGUCUCCAAACCGGGGAAGUAAAAACCAGCAGGCCUAUAAGGAGCCCAGACUCUGUUAAACAGAAACUUAUCGUCUUGGUUAGAGACAACGGAGAGCCGCCCAGAUCCACCACCUCGACCCUUAAUGUGCUUCUGGUGGAUGGGUUUUCAGACGCCUACAUGCAGUUACUGGAUGUACCACAAGAGGAGGAGCAGCAGGACACAUUAACCCUGUAUUUAGUCAUUUCUUUGUCUUUCGUUUCAUUCCUUUUUCUGGUUUCUGUGGUAACAAUUAUCGCCAUCCGUGUAUACAAGACAAGGCAGUGCCGAGAGCGGUAUGUUCCAUCGUCCAGGAACUUUUAUUGUGAGCCCAACUUCCCCACAAAUCCUGCGGACAGGAGCGGCACUGGGACUCUGCCUCAAUCUUAUUGUUAUGAGGUUUGCUUGACAACUGGAUCUGGCACGAGCGAAUUUAAAUUUCUCAGGCCGCUGGUACCGUCUCUACCCGCUGACCCCAGCGUUGAAGAAGGGUCCGUUCUUGACUCCCAGAUUAACUCUCAUCUGAAGGAGGAGAAAGAAUUUCUGAGAGAGGGCAGAGCUUCUGUCUCUGAAGACUCCAUAUCCAGAUCUUCAGGCACAGGCUGUAUUGUUAACAAGGUGAUAGGGAUAAAUGAGAACAGUAGUCAAAACGGUUGGCUUUCCUACCAAUAGAUGAGAACAACCAACUCUGCUUUGUUCAACUAUCAGACACCAUAAAGGAGCAAUGAGAAUCAAGAGGCUUAUCGUCCUCCAAGAAACUUUCAAGAAGGUACAGGCCCUUUCUGUAAGAGAGCAAGGAUAUGUAUUUCUAUAUUAUGUAAUUAUUUAUUCCUGGUUUUUCACGUAGACCUUUGAGUUUAUGAUAUGACUGUUGAAGAAGAGAAGGAGCUCCUAUAGCAUGCUUGCUUUGCCGAUUCCACCUAGCUCUUAGUGUAUUUUUUUAGAGCUUAACAACGUCUACUUUAUCUAGAUAUAAAGGAAACAUAAUAAGUCAAACCUAAGCUUUAACAGUAAUUUAUCAUAAACCAGCUUCCCUAUGAUUCUCCCUUAUGGAGAUGAUUAUGUAAUAGUGUGUUGAUUUUCUGAAACCUCCUUUCAAUGUACAAGUUUAAUGUUCAAUGAAAAUUAAGAAUAAAUUUCACUUACAAAGUAAUUAUGUAUUAACAAAUAGAAGCUGGUUAAAUUAAAGCUGCUUAGCCGCAAUGUACAUUGAAUAUUUAGUCGGGAGGUUGAGCUUUGUGUAUAUUGUAAAAUGUGUAUUUUCAAAAUUGUAGUCUUUUUUUUCUAACAAUAUGAAACUGAAACUAAUAGUUAUAACUCAUUUUGAGAUCCUUGGUUAAAAGAUACUGUAGAAGUGAAGAGUAAUAUUGCAUUAGUAGAACGUUAGUAAAAUAGGUUAAAAGUGAUACAAUAAACUUUAAACACUUUGUAGUGUGUAAUGAGUUAAGAUAAAUCUCUUUCUUUCUGUCUUCAUUUAAUUUAAUUACCGAAUAUAAUAUUUCAGAUAAAGGGAAUAUGGUGUAAUUUUCCACGUUGUUUACAAGGUUUUAAAAGUCGAGUUUCUGGUGACCAUAACACUAAUAAAAACAAUUUUUAAAAUGGCUUUAGAUUGACUUUUUUAUCCGUUGAUUCUAACGAUUGGUAGCUGUGCUGCCAGAUCAGGUUCUGUGAAGCAAAGUCAUCAGGGGACAUGUUUUUAAAGCAUCGAUUUCUAAUGACAUGUUCUGGGGUUUGGUGGAUGGACUGUCCCUCCAGAACGUAAGGCCUUGUGGACCGUGUAUGC